UUGACUCAGGCGGGUUAAAAAGAGAUUGGUUACAAAACGUAGGCUGUGCUGUGAUUGGUUGAAGAUAAAUGGCUGUGGUUGGUUAGUGUAGGUAGGUGGCGAACUGCAUUGUGAUUGGUGUGCCUGAGGAGAGGCGUUUGGACAUGUACUGGGAGCCGUGGAGAUGAGCGAGCACAGUUCAGUUACCUCAGGGCCUUAUGUGAACACAGGGUCUUCGCUUCCUGUGCUGGUCAAGGCUGUAUGGCUGGUGAUGAAGAAAAGAGAUGUUAAAAACUUUGGGAAGGUUCUAGAGUUCUUGGAAUUUACCCACGAACAGGUUCCUGGUCUGCUCUGUUACACGCACCAUGCUAAGCUUAGUACCGGUCUGAGGGGGAAGAUUGUGCUUCACAUGGUUGAAGAAAAGAAACCUCUGCUGGAUAUUCUCACAGCCUUGAACUGUUACUUUCCUCCUGUUUUUCCUGAUGCUUCUGGAGCGGCCCAUCGUAAGGCAUUUAAGGUCCAACAAUGUAAGGUACACUUCCGGAAAUUGGUCCUUCGCAUGAUUCGGGAUGAAAAAUUUCGGGAAAAUUUUGCAGCGAAUACACUGCAUCUAGAGUAUGGUGAUACAUUCAUGGCUGUUCUCGAGAAGCUUCUAUGGGAAUUCUUGUGCAGGCUUCAGACUGUUCUCAACUACCAGGUCCCCCAAGCCACAGAGCUGCCUGUUGUAGAUGAGGACCUUGUCUCCAGCACCCCCAUCCAUUCCAGUACAAGACUGAAUGUUUCAGAUAACCCUGGUAUUGAUAAAACGAAGGAAAAAAGUAAGACGAAGAAACAUAAAGCAAAUAUUACAACCCGUAAUGUAAGCUUCACUGAUAAAUCUGAAGAAAACCCCAACACAGUCCAAGCAAAGUAUGUGAAAUGGCAGCAUUGGAUACAAAAUAAACAAAAUCCUGGUAGGUGUAAUGGCACUGCAUCACUAACAUUCUACAGAGAGGUGCUUGCACCACCCCUUCAGCUUGACCUGGUCAGUAGUCACCUAGAUGGUGGACACAGAAUGGAUGAACCCCAACCACCAUAUUUUGCAAUUCUUGGUUUCGACUGUAGUGAAAAUACUGAAAUCAAUCAUUGUCAAAAGCUUUCUCCUCCAGAUCCAUUGCAGUCUCCAGGUCUAGAAGUUGACCUGGAGCAUGGUUCAGAGCCACACACCAGGCAUGAUGAGGGUGGACAUGGGUCAUAUUCUGACAUACAGGUUAAAGAUGUAGCAAAGAUGUCAAACCAUCAUCCAUUAUCCAGGACUGUACAUGCUGCAUCUGGAGGUAACCUUGAUAGACAAGGUAAUGCCUUAGCUCAGAGAUUAAUGUCUUGGACGUGCCAGCCAAGGGUCAGUCUUACAAGAUUACCUCCAAAUAUUAAGUAUCAAGGCCAUGAAUUUGAAAAAGAGAAAACUGAAGAGAAUAUGACUCCUGAAUUGGCCAACUCUGAGUUGUCCCACAGUGAGACUUACCCACAUUCUGGUAGCUGGUCCUGGGUGUGUUCUGGUCCCACAGACAAUGACAGCAAUGAUCCUGACUUUUUUCCUGGACACAGUUUCUUCCAUCAUGGGGAGGAGAUAAGAAGAAUACAACCAAGAAGAGGCCUCCGCCUUGCUCACAAUCAUGAGUGAAUGACUAUUGUAACAUGGGAUUCUCAGAUGUGUUGGUGGAUACUCAUUUCAGGGAUAGCUGUACACUAUGUAUCGGUAUUAUUUUUACUUCUGUUAAGGGAUUACUGCACAUUCAUGUCUUCAUGUAGUGAUGUUUUAUCUAUAUAUACCAGAAUAUUUCAUUGUAUUUGUCACUAUAAUGAGAGCAGUUCUGUUCUCUUUUAGCAACUUCUUUAUCAAGAGGUCCUUUUACAUAUCAAUUGUGAGUCCAACAUCCACCAAAACAAUUUUAAACAAGCAAUAUAGGUCUAUCAUUCCACGUACAAGUGGAUGCUAUCUUAUAAUACAGCAGGAAGGUGGCGGAUUCAAAGAUUUAAAGGGGUACUCCGGUGUAAAAAAUAAUUAAAAAUUGAAAUCAACUGAAAUUUAAACAGAUUUGUAAAUUAUUCUAUUUUAAAAAUCUUAAUCUUUUUAGUACUUAUCAGAUGCUGUAUACUACAGAGAAAGUUGCAUUUCUCUCUGGAGUUAUUUUCAGUCUGACCACAGUGCUCUCUGUUGAUACCUCUGUCCAGAGCAGGAUAGGUUUGCUAUGGGGAUUUGCUCCUACUCUCGACAGUUCCUGAUACAGACAGAGGUGUCAGCAGAGAGCACUGUGGUCAGACAGAAAAAAACAACUCAACUUCCUGUGCAGCAUACAGCAGCUCAUAAAUCCUGGAAGGAUUAAAAAUCUAGAUAUAUUUGCAGAUAUGUAGAAAAAAGUCGACCACUCACCAAUCUUAUUUCAGCAAAAUUAUUUUAUUUAGCACAUACUCGCAACCAUGUUGCCCAGGGAGAAGACAUAGAUGGUAACAAACGG